CCCCACGAAUCCACCUUCCUUUGAAUUCUAUUUUGCAGAAAAAGGAAAUCGUCAUCAUUAACCACCAGUUAAUUCUGUUUUCUCAUCAAUGAGGUGUGAUAAUAGUAAUCAAAAUCUGUAUAGUAUUAGUAACCAUUAUCAUCGUGACCAACAGUUCCUUCAUAAUCAUUAUCAUCACGAGUCUCUCACGCUCUCUGCUUCUGAAACAUUCCAAGGAGAAAUUGUCGUUUCAGCUUUCGAUCAAAUCUCCAAUCAUCAAACUGCUUCCAACAGUCUUAAUCUACAUCCACAGGGAGGUAGUCCAAUUGGUUUGAGUUUAAGGAAGUCGACGUCUCUGAUCAACCUGGUAGAGAUGACGUUGUCUCAGGAAAGGCAACAGAAGAAGACUAAGACUCCAAUUACAGAGAAGUUGAAGGCUUCUAAUUUCCCUGCUGCUCUGUUGCAAAUUGGCUCUUGGAAGAGGAUUUCAAGAAACGAAGGAGAUCUGGUAGCCAAACUCUAUUACGCCAAGAAGAAAUUGGUUUGGGAAUUCCUGGAUGGACCUCUAAAGAGUAAGAUCGAAAUACAAUGGUCCGAAAUUUCAGCCAUUAGAGCCUUCAUGUACGAAGCCCAACCUGGACUUCUAGAAAUCGAGUUGAACCAACAACCACAGUUCGGUCGAGAGAUUAAUCCCCAGCCAAGAAAGCAUACACAAUGGAAACAGACGACUGAUUUCACACAAGCCCAAGCAUCCAUCUGCAGACGACAUUCCAUCAUCUUUCCUCCUGGAGUCCUUGAUAAGCAAUAUGAAAAGCUUCUUCAGUGUGACCAUCGACUAUUCGGUUUGAGCCAACAACCUUUUCCAAUCAACAACUACCCAUUUUUCUACCAUCACUCCAAUUCAUGCUUAGAUUACUCCUACACAAACGUCCAUCAUCCACCACCAACUCAUCUUCUUGGCUCCAAUUUACCAAUGCCAGUUAUGAGGUUCCCAUAUUCAGACGAAGGUGCAACAAGGCACCCAAACGAGAACUAUGAAAUAGGAAACAGUCAGUCUGAAAGAAUUCCAGCCAUUCCCAAUGGGGUACAAAAUCAUCUUUUACCAUACAAUCGACAUGAACUAUGGACUCCUGUUCAACAACCACAAAUGAAAACAUUGUCCAGAGAAAUCAAUUCGAUAGAGUACGUAAACAGAGGAAUUUCGAGCAUUGAUCAGAUAAAUAUUAAUCAUGGAACUGCUAUCCAUGAACCGACUUCUUGGACAAGUGUUUCAGAUAUGUAUGGUUUCCCAUGGGAGCCCAUAACCGAGGAUCUCAGAGGCUUACAUGGAAACCAACACAAUAACCAUAAUUGA